GAGUUGGGGAAGAGAGAGGAAAAGGAGCAAAGUAAUACGAGCAGAGAGAGAAAUCAGGACUCGCUUUUUUCGAUAGACUACAACCAAAAAGGAAUAAGUGUAGGAUUACAGGAGUUAGCGCCUGGAAGUUGACCGUAAGCUUGUAAAAUGUCUAUUUUCAUGGAGAACGGACUUUAUUUCCCAGAGGAGGAGUCUAAUGACAGAGGGAUUGAGAAUGAGGUCCCUGGAUUAGACUAUCUAGAGGACGCCUCUCGCUCUGUAGAACUGGUCAGGGAGGAGGGGAGAGAUGGACAGCUAGCCAGCUUUGGGUUUACUCUUGUUCAAGAUAAACCUCCUCGUGUUGGGACCGUCAUUCCUGGUGGACCAGCAGACAGGGCCGGCCUCAGAAAAGGCGAGAUCGUUCUAAACGUGGCCGGGAAGGACGUGACUCGUUUAUCCCACAAAGAAGUUACCUUGCUGAUCCGUUGCAACACAGAUACGGCCAUUUGGCUCUCGGUCUGCGAGGCUGACGAAGCCCCAGGACUACAGUCUACCUCCUUCAUGUCUUCUAGCCCACAGAAGAGCUUCUACUCAAGCACUCCAAUACUUGUCUCUCAGCACGACGACCGUAGGUUUGGUGGGUCCGGCCUACACCACAAAGCCCUCAACAACAGUACUCUCCUUUCAUCUCUAGGAGGAAGGGAUGGAUACCAGUACAGCAGCAGUCCUAGGAACAAUGGACCCUCUCCCCUUGUUCACAAGAAAGCAAUGACACAGAAUGAUCCAGCCUACGUUGAGUUUGUUCCUCCUCCUCCUCCUAGCUCCUCAGGCUACAUCAUGACUAAGAUGUGGUGCAUGCUCCUAUACUGUGGGCCGGUUAAGAUACCCUCGACUUUUAUCCAGAGAGGAGUCAGCUCACAGUGCAUCCAAGAGUGCGCAAGGCAGUUACUUGGGAAGAGGAAGUCAGAUGAAUUCGUUAAAGUCCAUCUAGAAGUAUCCCAGAGCUACAUGAAGAUUACAAACACCAGUGGGAAUAUAUUUGCUAAGUAUAAGAGGGAUGGACUCUAUUACUGCGGACUAUGCAGUAAUGAUGAGCAGCACUUUGGUAUAGUCACGCUCGACCCAGAGACAAACUCGAGGGCUGACAUGUGCCAUGUCUUUAAGCUCCUUUCGGACAGCAAGCUAUCAAAGUACUGCAUCGACAAGUCUAAGUCCCUCCGAGAGGUUCGUAUUGGACAACCGACUCCUUUGAAAACGUGCGUCGAGAUAACAGAAAUCAUACAGACGAUAUUCCAGAACGAGGUCAUAUCAGCUGUGAGCCACAGGAAGAGUAUAGACGGAUUGAGCGACAGCAUUGAGUACGGGGUCGUACGUGGUGUCAACAUGUUCCAACUAGCCCCUGGGAGCAACGACUCCAUCGGUAGCCCAAUGGUCACCACCUCUCCCAUGCCUAAGCGCAAGAAGAGUGGCGUCAUUGACUUACGAACGAAUAAAAAGGACCAAAAGAUGUUACCUAGUAUAAUACCAGGUGCUCACGGUAAACAGAGGAGUAUUUCAAUCCCGAUCAACCCGUACGAGCAGAGAUCCCUAGCUCACACCAGCAGUGCAGGACAUGUCCACGAGCCGAUACAUGUUAGGAUGGGAAGCGAUGGAAGUGUCACAUCCUCUACCCACUCCCCCUCCUCUCUUCCUCGUAACCGCACCCUCCCUACGAUGCUUCUAAGAACUCACGCCCCCAGUGAUAAAGCUAAGCGUAUAUCGGACUGUAGCCUAUCGAGUGUCUCUUCUGAUGGACACAGGUCUCAUUCUGGCUCCUCGUCUCCGAAACACGGCUCCGGCUCUCCAACCCCCCAAGAGUCUCUACCUGUUAGACCUUUACCGAGAAGGCACUCACACCGCCACCCUCACGCUCUCCCCUCCUCUGCCCGCCCAGGGAUCACUGGUAGAGUUAGCGCAGGUAGUUCAGGAGGGAGUGGUUUAAAGCGACAGGGCUCAGCAAAUUCCUUAACCGAUCUUCCAGGUCUCUCCCCCUAUCAUCCUCUUGGUCUUCCUAAAAAGAACUCUCUCCUAAGCUCCAGUGUUGAUAGUAUCGUUACCAUAACAACGCUUGCUGAGGACGACAUUGUAGUAGGGCAGGUGGCUGGCUGGUGUGGGUCAUUCGACAAACUGCUUGAAGAUCCUCUAGGACUAAAGUGUUUUGAGCAAUUUCUGGAGAGAGAACACAGCGAGGAGAACAUUCAUUUUUGGAUAGACGUCAAACAGUUUAAAGUGACCCCAGAAUCAAACGUUUCAGAAGCCUCUAGACGUAUUUAUGAAGUGUAUUUGGCUCCUAAUGCCCCUCAAGCUAUUAAUAUUGAUGACAGGGUACACAAGGCAAUAGAGCCACUCCUGGAAACACCAACAAGACACAUGUAUAAUGAAGCACAGAAAGAAAUAUAUCGUUUAAUGAGAAUGGACAGUUAUACCAGAUUCAAAAAGUCCGAGAUUGUCAAGGAGUGUCUAUAUGCUGAGAUGGAAGGUCGGCCACUCCCAGUCUCACUAGAUGGUAAAUCCAGUCCGUCAGCGAGGAAAGAAGGGGGUGGAGUCAACGGUGUUGUUGGAUCUGGCGGAAAAAAGAAAACUUUCCUCAGUCGUAUUAAGAGUAUACCUGGCAAGUCUCUAACGACUCCAUUGCUGUCUCCAACUGGACCCUCAGCUGAACAUACUUUAUCAAGAAGUGCCGAGACUAAGAGAUCAAAGAAAGAAAGAAAAGUGUAA